AUGUGGCGGCGAGCUGUGUGGCAUGCGGCCAUUUUGCUCCUCGUCUCCGGCAGCCAGGACGCGAGGUACUACACGCAGAAGCGACCCUAUACGUCCACCCCUCAGGUCGAGUGCUUUGAUUACAUGGAAUGGGGUCCGGACAGAUACAACCGCGGGGUGGCCGGUGGUUUGGUACAGCACAGCAGGUCGCCUGGUAUGCUAUUUGACAGUACAACAUACCCAUCACCGUCGUUUGUGAGACAUCAGUCGUUUUCCCGGCGGGUGGACUUGUUGCCUGCAGAAGUCGAGGACGUGGUGAAGGAACACGCGAAGUUAGUUCAGGAUAUUAACAGCAUGAAGCAACCACUGUUUGUGGCGCCAAUGGUAGAUGGAAGUAAGGACUACGAUGAGUCUAUUUAUCUGGAGGCUAUAGAAACAACUACAACUUCGAAGCCGACCACCACCUCGACGAUAUUCCCAACCAGAUCAAAGAAACCAGGUUCCUCUGUUCCUGUUAUCCUCCUGGGUGGAGCGAGUCAACGUAUUGUGAUCAAAAGCCCACCACUUAAUUAUGUAAGACCUACCACCAGUCUCGUGGGGACGUCAGAAUCUCCGUUGAUAAAGCAUCCGUACCCAUUUGUCGGGCAUCCCAAUUCACCGCUCCCUGUCCGUAUUUGUAUGCCGACAAUGCAUCAGCACUCAUCCGUAUAUACCAAACCCAAGAGUAGUCUGCUGGAAAAAAUACUCAACGGGAUCAUAUCUAGGUAG